CCGGAGCGAGUCGGAGGAAAGGAGGAGGCGGCGGAGGAGGAGAAGAAGAAGAAGAAGAGAAGCGGAGAAGUUUCUGGAGCAAGUAUUCAAGCGGACAGCGGCUUUUUUUAAAAGUCCGUCAAAAUGUCCAGCAGUUGUUUGUUCCGUCUGCUUGUCCUCGUCCUCGUCCAGAGCUCCGUGUCGGCCGACCAGCGCAGGCUGUCUCCAGAUAACUUGUUGGUGAUAACAGCUGCUACGGAAGAGACGGAUGGAUUCAAACGCUUUAUGAGGACCACCAGAGAAUUUAACUAUACUGUCAAGGUUCUCGGUCUGGGUGAGGAAUGGAGGGGAGGUGACGUAGCACACACAGUGGGUGGAGGUCAGAAGGUCAGGUGGCUGAAGAGUGAGCUCCUCAAACACUCUGACAAACAGGACAUGGUCAUUCUGUUCGUGGACAGUUAUGAUGUGAUCUUUGCGUCUGGUCCAGAGGAGAUGUUGCUGAAGUUUUCUAAGUUUGGACACAAGGUGGUGUUUUCAGCUGAAGGGUUCUGUUGGCCGGACCAGAGACUGGCCCCCAAAUACCCUGUGGUCCAUACAGGAAAGAGAUACCUCAACUCUGGAGGUUUCAUAGGUUUUGCUCCAGAGCUCAGUGCUAUAGUGCAGCAGUGGAGGAACAAAGACAACGAUGAUGACCAACUUUUCUACACCAAGAUCUACCUGGACAAGGCCCAGAGAACCAAGUUCAACAUGACCUUGGAUCAUCGCUCUAGAAUAUUCCAGAAUCUCAACGGAGCCCUCGAGGAGGUGGUGUUGAAGUUUGAGAAGUCCCGGGUCAGGGCCCGAAAUGUUGCUUACGACACACUUCCUGUUAUCAUCCAUGGCAACGGUCCCACCAAGCUCCAGUUAAACUAUCUGGCGAACUAUGUACCCACAGCGUGGACCCACGAGAACGGCUGUGGAGUCUGUGAUGAUGACCUGCAGUUCUUCAAUGACAUCCCUGAUGAUGAGAUGCCUCUGGUGUAUGUAGCAGUGUUUAUUGAACAGCCGACUCCAUUUUUGGAAGAAUUCCUGGAGAGACUGACCACAUUUAACUACCCAACAAACAGGAUGCGUCUGUUUAUACACAACAAUGUGGUCUACCAUGAGCGUCACAUCCAGAGGUUCUGGGAGCGUCACAGAGUUCUGUUUCCUGAUGCUCGGCUGGUUGGACCAGAGGAGAACCUGCAGCAGGAGCAGGCAAGGACCAUGGCUGUGGAGGCCUGUAAAAAGAAUCCAGAGUGUGACUUUUACCUCAGCAUGGACUCAGAAGUGGCUUUGAUUAACCCGGACAUGAUCCGCAUCCUCAUGGAGGAAAACAAGCCCAUCAUAGCGCCCAUGUUGUCCAGACAUGGGAAAUUGUGGAGUAAUUUCUGGGGUUCUCUGAGUCCAGAAGGGUUUUAUUCCAGAUCAGAGGAUUAUAUUGACAUUGUCCAGGGCAAGAGGAUUGGAGUGUGGAACGUGCCCUACAUUACCCAAGUGUACCUGGUGAGGGCCAGUGUCCUUCGCUCUAAACUGGCCCAGGUCAGCCUCUACAUCCAGGAGGGAAUGGACGCUGAUAUGGUGUUCUGUAGGACCAUCCGAGAUCAGGGAGUAUUCAUGUUUGUGUCAAACCGUGAUGAGUUUGGUCGUUUGCUGUCGACUUCAAACUACAACACAUCAAGACUUCGACCUGACAUGUGGCAGAUCUUUGACAACCCUGUGGACUGGAGGGAGAAGUAUGUCCAUGAAAACUACUCUCGUAUCUUUGAAGAGGAGGAGAACUUUGUGCAUCAGCCCUGUCCAGAUGUGUACUGGUUCCCUGCCUUCUCAGAGAAGAUGUGUGAUGACAUGAUUGAUACCAUGGAGGACUACGGACAGUGGUCUGGAGGCAAACAUACGGAUGAGCGUCUCACUGGGGGUUAUGAGAAUGUUCCGACAGUGGAUAUUCACAUGAACCAGGUGGGAUUUGAGAAGGAGUGGCUCAAAUUUCUCAAAGAAUACAUCUUACCUGUGACCGAGAAACUCUACCCAGGAUACUACCCCAAGGGUCAGGCUAUAAUGAACUUUGUGGUUCGUUAUCGUCCUGAUGAACAGCCAUCUCUCCGCCCACAUCAUGACUCUUCCACCUUUACCAUAAAUAUUGCCCUGAACAACAAGGGGUUGGACUACCAGGGAGGAGGCUGCAGGUUCCUCAGGUAUGACUGUAAGGUGGAGUCGCCCCGGAAGGGCUGGUCCUUCAUGCAUCCUGGAAGACUGACCCACUACCACGAGGGUCUGCCCACCACACAGGGGACACGCUACAUCAUGGUCUCCUUCGUAGACCCUUAGACACACACACACACACAG